AAACGAAAAAAGAAAAUCCAUUGUGACCAGUGUUUUCUGCAAUGAGAUGGGGCUGCUUCCUUAUUGGAUUUUUCUUUGUAAAACCAGCGGUUCGAUGGGAUCCAGGGUCGUUUGGAAACGUGGAGGCGCGGCAAAGAUGAAACUCUUUGCUGCUAUCCCCAGCCAGAGGUUGUCCCGCACCCACUUGAUUCUUUCUUGAAAGACUGCCGGUGUCGCGGUUUCCGGGCAGUUCUUUCCGUCGGGCAUUGGCCUACCGUUUUGGUGAUGCCGUCCCUUGCAUUUCCUCACGCAGGACCCUUGGCAUUCAUCAGGCCUCAGCCUCUUGCCGGCUGUUAUUCUCCUCAUCCCGCUCGCGGAGCUCUGCUGUCCUCUCGCUUCCGGGGUGCCUCAUCCACCUCCCACCAACCGCUGCAGUCCACCUCCUUUCUUCUCAGACAACCAAAGCAGAACCAGCAACAGACCAAUCGCCGUUCUCUUCUGGGGAGGGCAUUCGCCUCCUCAACCGGACGCCCCACCGCCGAUGCCCAGCACUUGCGAAGGGAGCUGGAAGACGUUUAUAGAACCUGUAAAAUUUGGAGAUGGAGAGGUCACGCCAUCAAUUUCUCGCAGUCUGGGACUGCAGAAGGACCUCCGCUCCUUCUCGUCCACGGCUUCGGUGCUUCGGUCGGUCACUGGCGGAGGAACAUUAAGGUGCUCGCUGAGAGCCAUACCGUUUUCGCCAUCGAUCUGCUCGGUUUUGGUGCGUCUGAUAAGCCUGCAGGUUUCGCGUAUGAGAUGGAGAUCUGGGCUCAGUUGAUCCUGGACUUUUUGGAAGAGGUGGUUCAGAAGCCGACGGUGCUCAUAGGCAACUCCGUCGGCAGCCUCGCAUGUCUUAUUGCAGCUGCUUCAGAGUCGCAGCAGGGUCUGGUCCGGGGGCUGGUGCUACUGAACUGCGCAGGUGGCAUGAAUAACAAGGCGAUAGUUGAUGACUGGAGGAUCAAGCUUCUGCUGCCGUUUCUUUUGCUGUUUGAUUUCCUUCUCAGGCAACGGAGGAUUGCAUCCUUCCUGUUUGAACGCGUCAAGAGCAGGGAGACCCUGAAGGGCAUUCUCUUGUCUGUCUACGGAAACAAAGACAGCGUUGACGAUGAAUUGGUUGAGAUCAUCAAUGGACCAGCAGAAGACGAAGGGGCGCUUGAUGCAUUUGUAUCUAUUGUGACAGGUCCACCUGGGCCCAACCCUACUUCCUUGAUGCAGAACAUCUCGCUGCCUGUUCUGAUACUGUGGGGAGAUCGAGACCCAUUUACUCCACUCGAUGGGCCUGUUGGCAGAUACUUUGCGUCUCUCCCAUCAAGACUUCCGAAUGUCAAUCUUUUUGUUCUGGAAGGAGUUGGCCAUUGCCCUCACGAUGACAGACCUGAUCUAGUCCAUGAAAAAUUGCUCCCUUGGUUGGAUGCCCUUCCCGAAACAUGACCGCGAACCUGUCUCAUCUCCUCCUUCUGGGCACUAUUCUCUGUAUCUCAGGUUCAACUUCUGCCUGAUCACUAUAAAGGAAACGGGAAAUUGUAGCAAAUUUUCGUGUAAAAGAGCCUGAGGGUCUGUUUAAAGCCAUUCCCCACUUUAUCUUCAAUGUCGAACCAGUGGCGGUACGGCUUGAUUGGAUGCUUCUGUUUUUUGCUGCCCUCGUUAGAUGAAAGGCUACCAAGUACCAACCUUCCCUGCAGGUAUUUCAAUUCUUCCACCAUAAGUUCUGUCCACUCCACUCCAUCGACGUCGGUGCAGUUUUGAAGUAUAUCAAUGGACAAUUUUGAAUUAA